UCCGAGCUGCUGAAAGGUCUGGUCGCAGAGACAGGAACGCGUAAUCCUCGCGUGCUCCAUCCCGACAGCAUCCUUCCACCGCUCCGCAGGGCAGCGAGCCUCUAGGCAGCAGCCCCUCUGCUCCGCGGAAAAGCCUGAUGAAGUCCUCCGAUAUCGAUCAGGAUUUAUUUACAGACAGUUACUGCAAGGUGUGCAGUGCACAACUGAUAUCCGAAUCUCAACGCGUGGCCCAUUACGAGAGUCGAAAACAUGCAAGCAAAGUCAGACUGUAUUAUAUGCUUCACCCCAGGGAUGGUGGAUGUCCAGCCAAGAGGCUCCGAUCAGAAAAUGGAAGUGAUGCUGAUAUGGUGGAUAAGAAUAAGUGUUGCACACUCUGUAACAUGUCUUUUACCUCAGCAGUGGUGGCUGACUCCCAUUAUCAAGGCAAAAUCCACGCCAAAAGGUUAAAACUAUUGCUAGGAGAGAAAACACCAUUAAAGACCACAGCAACUCCCCUGAGCUCACUCAAGCCCCCACGAGUGGAAACUGCUCCAGUGGUUGCAUCCCCCUAUCAAAGAAGAGAUUCAGACAGAUACUGUGGGCUCUGUGCAGCCUGGUUUAAUAACCCUCUGAUGGCCCAGCAACAUUAUGAUGGCAAGAAACACAAAAAGAAUGCAGCAAGGGUUGCUUUACUAGAGCAACUUGGGACCACCCUGGAUAUGGGGGAACUAAGAGGUCUGAGGCGCAAUUACAGAUGUACCAUCUGCAGUGUCUCCCUAAACUCAAUAGAACAGUAUCAUGCCCACCUGAAAGGAUCUAAACACCAGACCAACCUGAAGAAUAAGUAGUGAAAACAUCAAUCAAGAGAUUUUAAAAAUGCCAGCAUUUCUCUGCUGUGGAGAAUCGCUUAUCAACCAUUAGAGGAGGAUCCCUUCUUGAACAAUGAACAUUUCUUACGAGGAUUCACAGAAUAA